UUAAACCCUUCCCAACAACAAAACUGUGAACCGCUCUCUCUUCAACAAUAAACCAACAAAUGGCGGCACCGCUGCUGUCUAGGGCGUUUCCGUUACUCCGCCUACGGUUAUAUCACCAUAAUCUGGACUUCGGCACCCUCAAUCUCCUCCGACGAGGCUUCUCUGCUGAGUCCACCGAUCGGACUGAGGAUGCCACCGAUGGAGGCCUGAGCAAGGCGUCUUUGAGCGAAAAAGAUUCCGACUGCCUUAGAUGGAAAGAGAAAGAAGCGGAUAUCCUCAGAGAUAUUGAUCCCAUCACCCUCCUUGCGAAGAACAUUUUACACUCCACCAGGUACUCAAAUGGGGAGCGUCUCACCACUGAUGAUGAGAGUUUUGUGGUAGAGAGGCUUCUAGCUUACCAUCCUAAUUCUGAAGACAAAAUUGGAUGUGGCCUAGAUUCUAUUAUGGUGGAUCGUCAUCCUCAAUAUAGACAUUCAAGGUGUUUGUUUGUGGUGAGAACCGAUGGAGGAUGUACAGAUUUCUCCUACUGGAAGUGUCUUCGAGCAUACAUACGAAAAAAGUACCCAAAUUACGCCGAAAGAUUUAUUCUGGAGAAUUUAAAAUGAGCAAGUGUUUGAUGUCCUCCUUUUUUCAAAGGAUUUUGAAAUGGCUUAUAACAUAGAUAAUAUCUAUCAUAUAUGCAUCAUCAUUAAGCUUCCUUUAUGGAGUUUGAUAUGAUGAUAGUAAAAGAAGCUUUCAACUUUUGUAUGAGACUCAACAUUGUUUUCUUAAAAACACUUCAGGACUAAACUGGAGAAGAUUUUGGGCCUA